UCAUCAUUACAUAAUACUUAAGGUUAUAGGGAGUUGGUGAUGGACAGGGAGGCCUGGCGUGCUGCGAUUCAUGGGGUCGCAAAGAGUCGGACACGGCUGAGCGAGUCAACUGAACUGAACUGAAGGUUAUAUGGAUUAAAAAAGGAAACAAGUUGUUUAACUCACUUCAAUCCUCUUCUUACUCCAUGUGUAAGGAUUUAAUCCUACUCCUUCUAUAAUAUACAUGCUAACAUUUGACAGAGCAGCUGGUAUGUUACCUUUCUGUUAUUUAUAACUUGUAAAGGUUGAAGAAAAAAAUCACUCUGCUUAGUUAGAGGAGCAACAGGCAAUGGAUCUCAAAAGCCAGAAGGUGAAGCUUAAUGAUGGCCACUUCAUUCCUGUCCUGGGAUUUGGCACCGCUGCACCUGAGGAGGUUCCUAAGAACGAAGCUCUGGAGGCAACCGAAUUCGCUAUAGAGGUUGGGUUCUGCCAUAUUGACUGUGCUUGUGUGUACCAAAAUGAAGAGCAAGUUGGCCAGGCCAUUCGAAGCAAGAUUGCAGAUGGCACUGUGAAGAGAGAAGACAUAUUCUACACUUCAAAGCUUUGGUGCACUUUCUUUCAACCAGAUUUGGUCCAACCAGCCUUGGAAAAGUCACUGAAAGAUCUUCAACUGGAUUAUGUUGAUCUCUAUCUCAUUCAUUUCCCAGUGGCCAUGAAGCCAGGGGAGGAAUUGCUUCCAAAAGAUGAAAAUGGAAAAAUAAUAUUAGACUCAGUGGAUCUCUGUCGCACAUGGGAGGCCCUGGAGAAGUGUAAGGACGCAGGGCUGACCAAGUCCAUCGGGGUAUCCAACUUCAACCACAAGCAGCUGGAGAAGAUCCUGAACAAGCCGGGGCUCAAGUACAAGCCCGUCUGCAACCAGGUGGAAUGUCACCCUUAUCUCAACCAGAGUAAACUGUUGGAUUUCUGCAAGUCCCAUGAUAUUGUUCUUGUUGACUAUAGUGCUCUGGGAUCCCAAAGAAUAAAAGGAUGGUGUUUAACUUUGAGCUGAGUCCAGAAGACAUGAAAGCAAUUGAUGGCAUGCACAGAAAUAUAAGAUAUAACGAGAUACUAUUUGGCGUUGGUCACCCAGAUUAUCCAUUCUCUGAAGAAUAUUGACUCUCAGCUCUCACCGUGGUUCUUUGAGAAUGUCUUGCUUCUAAGGCAGUGAAGAAGAUUUUUGUACUUUGUGAAGGUGCUUAAAUGAAGUGUCAGAAAUUUUGAAAGCUUGCUUUUCCUUUUAAAACAUUUAACACUUUAUGAAACAAUAAAGACUUCAAAGUAAGAA